UCAGUUGCAUCAAUAAAACAGGUACAUCACAAUUAUAUGAUAUUUAUGCAUGAAAAAUGUUAAUUCGUGAUCUUAUAUUUCACCUAACUAAUUAUAUGAUCUUUAAUUAGAUGCAUGCUAAAGAGAUUGAAGAUGUCAGUAAGGGUAAGAAGCCUGAAAAGGUUGUUGCUAAGACCGCGGCUAAGAAAAAAUCUAAUCCCAGUAAGUUUAGGUCGUGCCUUUUAACUUCUUUAGAACUCUCUGAUAUUCCGCAAGGAAACACCCGUCUUGUACCUAUGGAGGAAGAUGUGUCUGGUAUUGAGCAUCAAGAAACAAUUGGUAUGGAGGAUUUUGAACAAAUUUUUGAACAUACGCAAUUAGGCCUCAGUGUUAUUGAUACAUACAUAAGGUUUUUGUAUGAAAAAUUGAUGCACCCGACUGGAUUGAGAUUGAGGCAAAGAUUCGCUUUCUUAGCUCCCUUCAUUACCAACUUAGGGUUAAUCAUAUCUAAAUCGGAUGAAGUCAUGGCUGGACAUUGGUUGUUGGUCGCGAUUAAUCCUAUCAGUGAAGUUGUAUAUUUUCUGGAUUCCUUACACAAUCCAGUUAGUACAUACGAAGCUAUGAAGAAUUUGGUUGAUACCGUUAUACAAGUUUUUCGAGCACAAAGAGGAAGUCAAGUACCAAAGAGUAAAGCCAACAAUAUCACAUGGAUUCAAGUGGAGUGUCCUGGGCAGCGUAAUGAAGUAGAUUGCGGUUUUUACAUGUUGCAGUUUAUGAAAGAAAUUCUUCUUUCGAAUCAAAUAGAGAUUCCGUCCAAGUAUUUUGACGACUUCAAGUGUGCUACUUACUCAAAAUCUAAGUUGGAUGAACUUAAGGAGGAAUGGUGUCAAUUCAUGAUUGAGUUGAAAGUUGUAUAGGUAUACUGAAAUUUUACUAUAAUUGAUGAGAAUUUUGAGUAUAGCCAAGUGCAUGUUGCAAUAUUUGAUUUAUCUACAUAGAUUAUUAAGUGAUAUGUAGGCCGUUUGAAAUACAUUCGUGGAAAAUGUAGAAUGGUUUUAUAUACACUAAUGUAGAAUGUUUUUCACCUUUA